GACUGCUGCCAAGGAAAGUGACCCUCAUUAUUGGGGCCAUGAUGCAGAUCACUUCAGAAGGAGGCCCUCAACCUCAGUCCAACAUCAUUUUCUCCAUCAGUGAUGAGAAGAUUGCAUCAGUGAAGAGCACUGGGCUGGUCAGAGGAGUGGCGGUUGGGAAUGGGACAGUAACAGGAGUGGUGCAAGCUGUGGAUGCAGAGACAGGGAAGCUUGUUGUGGUGUCUCAGGACAAAGUGGAAGUUGAAGUCAUACAGCUGACAGCUGUUAGGAUUCGUGCACCAAUAACACGAAUGAAAACUGGGACACAGAUGGCAGUUUAUGUCAUGGGCAUCACCAGUAGCCAGACUCCUUUUCCAUUUGGCAACGCUGUCCAGGGGUUAAUGUUCCACUGGUCUGUCACAAAGAGGGACACUCUGGAUGUCAAGACAAGACACAGCGAGACCUCUUUUCAUCUUCCUGCAAAAUAUAAUUUUGCAGUGGAUGUUUAUGCCAGAGUGAAGGGAGAAUCAGGCUUGGAAGUUGUUGUCAAGGUCCUUGAUCCUGCAGCCAACCAGUUCCACAACAUGGCAAGAGAACUCUCCGAUGAAAUCCAAAUUCAGGUGUUUGAAAAACUUUAUCUAGUCACUCCAGAAGCAGAAGCAGAGCAGAUCUUAAUGUCACCAAAUUCCUUUAUUAAACUUCAGACAAACAGGGACCAAGUGGCUUCGCGGAGUUACCGUGUCCUGGAUGGGCCAGAUAAAGUUCCUGUUGUAAAAGUGGAUGCAGGAGGUUUCCUUAUCUCUGGGUCUCUGAUAGGAUCAUCAACAAUAGAAGUGAUUUCACAAGAAUUAUUUGGGAUGUAG